GCCGCCGCGCGUUCAUCGGCGUGGGCUUCGUGGACCGAGGGGACGCCUUCGACUUCAACGUGGCCCUGCAGGACCAUUUCAAGUGGGUCAGGCAGCAGAGCGAGCUGGCCCGGCAGGCGCAGAGCCUCGAGGAGGGCCCCAGACUCGACCUGGGCUUCAAGGAGGGACAGACCAUCAAACUCAACAUCGCGAACAUCACGAAAAAGGAGUGAGCGGCAGGGAGUGCCAGGCCGCGUCCCGCUGCUCCCGCGGCUCUGAGCCGGCUCCCGCCGCCUCCCGGAGGAAAAGCUUCCGCCCCGGCGCCGGGGCUGGCAGCGGGCGGCCGGAGCGCAGGCUCUCUCGGGGCUGCUCCCUCGGCCGCCGCCGACGGCUGGGGCGACUUUGCGGAGGCUGCAGGAUCCACUUCUAACGUCAAUCAGGCGAACGCCGGCUGGGUUCAGUUCUGA